GCUCGGGGCUGCGGGCGCCCUGGACCUGCCCCUCUUGGCGCCUCCCUCCGGCGAGCCUCGGGUGGCCACGUCUGAAAGGCGCUCAUUGUCUGGGAGCGGCGGCGCAGCGGAGGGCGCGUCCGCGGGCCGGACUGGGGGAGCGCCGACAGGCGUCCCUACCUGCGUCUGCAGCGGGCACCCACCGGUGGAGACCUGCUUCAGCCAGCAUGGCCAGACUCCGUAUUUCCAGCACUACGAUUGCCGUUUUCCUUGUGAUUCAGACAGGGUUCCUGCUGUUUCUGUAUGCUCAACAUGGUGGCUUCAUGCCCCACUCUGAGGAGAAGCCAGCCCAGGCGCACAUCCUCAUCCUCUCCUCUUGGAGGUCGGGGUCUUCCUUCGUGGGGCAGCUCUUCAGCCAGCACCCAGACGUCUUCUACUUGAUGGAGCCAGCCUGGCAUGUGUGGGUGACCAUGCGCCACAACAGUGCCAAGGUGCUGCAGAUGGCAGUUCGAGACCUCAUCCGGUCAGUCUUCAAGUGUGACAUGUCAGUCUUCGAUGCCUACAUGCCUUGGAAGAGAAACUUGUCAGAUCUCUUCCAGUGGGCCGUGAGUCGAGCUCUGUGCACAGAACCUGCGUGUGAUCACUUUCAGCGCACGGACAUUACCAGUGAAAGUGCCUGCAAGACCGUCUGUGGCAAGUACCCUUUUGGCAAAGCGGAAGAGGCCUGCCACACCUACAGCCAUGUUGUCCUAAAGGAGGUCCGGUUCUUUGAUUUGAGAGUGUUGUAUCCUCUUCUGACUGACCCUUCCUUGAAUCUCAAAAUUAUCCACUUAGUUCGUGACCCCAGGGCAGUUGUGAAGUCACGCGAACAAUCGGUCAAAGCCCUUGCCCGUGACAAUGGGAUUGUUCUGAAUAUGAAUGGCACAGAAGUGGAAGACACCCAGUACAAAGUUCUGCAGGAAAUCUGUAGAAGCCAUGUUCAGAUUUAUGAAACCGCUACUUUGAAACCUCCAAGCUUUCUAAAAGAUCGCUACUUAAUUAUUCGAUUUGAAGACCUUGUCAGGGAUCCCUUACCAGAAAUUACAGCAAUGUAUAAAUUUGCAAAUCUGCAGUUGACCCCCAGGCUUGAGAGCUGGAUCCACAAUAUAACGCACGGACAAGGACCAAGUAAAAAGAAAGAAGCAUUCCAGAUCACCUCUCGAGAUGCUGUGAAUGUCUCCCAAGCAUGGAGAAACGUUCUUCCUUUUCAGAAAGUUCAGAGAGUGCAAGAAGUUUGCAAAGGUGCUAUAAAUAUACUUGGCUAUCAGCUUGUGGAUUCUGAGAGAGAGCAAAAAGACUUAUCAUUGGAUUUAGUGUUGCCGCAUCGAAGAAGCCAAUUCAGUUGGGCAUCCUUUAGCCAAAACUAAGGGAAAUAUCGCUAUUCUAUUGUUCACCUUCUAGCCAAGGAGGAGAAAUUUUAUCUUCAUGGAAGAAUCCAGUGUUUGGUGUGGUUGCUCCUAUUUUCCGUUUCCCUAAUCUAGAACAAGUGGGACCAAGUGAUGAUGCCUAAUUUGUAGACAUAUCAGCUUAGAUCAGUUGUUCUGUAAUAAAUGUGUAGCUGUCAGAAAUGGAAAGCUAUAGCUACUGGCUUGCUCACCUAACACCACUGCAUAUGUUACAGCAACCUCAUCGUAUUAUUGAUUUAGCAUAAGAUGAUUUCCCUUCCCUUUUGGAAAGAAAGUCGAGGAAAUCAUUGUGGUAUUUUGCAUUCUGCUUUGUUGCAAGCUGUUCUUCAAAUUUAUUUUUAAUUAAUGUUAGUGUCUUAAUAUUCUUAAUAUUUUCACAAACAAAGUGUAUGAGGGAACCCACAAAAAGGCUGCUGCUGGAACGAAGUUUCACAGCUUUGGCUCCCUUUGCUCAUGUUGACUUCUUGCCUGCAUGGAUGGAUGGAUACCGAUACAAAUUUGUUAAAUUUGUAAAACAGUGCCAGGUUACUGUAUCUAUCUGCUCUGAAGACUGCUGACAAACCACAGGUUUGUCCCUAAAAUCACUAGAGAGAGGGAGUAUGUGGAGGGAGAAAUGGAAGUUCUGUCAAUUUUGGUUUCCACAUUGGGACUGGUUUAUGUGGUUUCCCUGUUGCUGGUGCAGCUGCUGUUACAGUGUUUCCCCAGUCCCCCAACAUGACAUCUCCCCCAAUUUUUUCAAAAAUUGGCAGUUAAAUAUCAUAAUAUCAAUAUAAUGUUAUGCUACUAUGUCUAACUGGUUCCCUGAAUUCCCAGCUUCUAUUACAAAAAAGUGAUGCUUUUAUAUGCCUUUCCCCUUAUAUCUCUGUAAGAGGAGGGGCCAGAAAUGUACUUUUAACAGGACCUAUUACUCAUAUUGAUAUAAUGUUGUAUUGUUACAACAACAUCUAAUUGCCAGUUUUUAAAGAAAUAUGCUCCUGUGUCAGGGGGAAGGAGAUCAUUACCAUGAGGACAGUCUUAGGGGAAAUGGCUGCCGAAUGUAAGAGAAAAUCUGAAUUUUCCCAUCCAUAUGGCAGCCAUCUAGGCUUUACUGCAAUAUUUCCCCAAACUUUUCAGCAAAGCAGGUAUGAGAAAGUUUGGAGAAAAGCUGGGAAAUCCUGGGGGAUGCAUCAAGGCACUUACAGUGCUGUGAGGAAAGAGGAAACUGACCCCCCCCCUUCCAACACCAUUGCAACAGGGGCAAAUAGCAUGUGCAGAAAUGGCCCCAAGUGUAAGACUAAGCACUCGUUCCUAAACGUGGUUGUGUGUGCUUUGUGGUAAAUGUGUCUGUUUAACUGAUUUGGAAGAGGGUGAGGCUGACAUUCUGUUCUGCCUACGAGCUGUGGGAGCAUACUACACAGUCAUUCUACCUAGUAGGGCACUGCUCUCUCCUCCGAGAUGAUAAAAAGAACAGUUGUCACACGUGGAAGAUAAAUAUUGGAACUAUGGUAAAAUACUUUAAAUUAUAGCAGUCAACUCUUUUUCGGAAGAGCAUGCAGGCAUCCCUCAAAAAAAUUCUAUCCUGCUACAGUGAAAGAAAUGCUGUGUUUGGUGGGAUUUUUUCUUUUCCUGUCAUUAGAGCCUGUUGAUCAUAGCUGCUUUUCAAUUAGUCCACUUAAAAAAUGAUUGUUUUAAUUCCAGAUUGGAAAGCCAGCAAGGACAUGAUUAUAGUUUUUGCUAAAUACUGAAUGUUAUAUUGUUCUUGAAAGUAGUGCUGGGAAAAAUGUUUAUUGUAAUGAACAAUUUGAGUGAUACUCUCAGUUUAGUGAAACUAAUCAUGCCCUUUCUGAAGUUAAAGGAAAUUACAACAAUAAAUUGUAAAGUGCUUCCCUGUCCCCUGGGUAGCAGGAGUGGGGAGGGAGAGAGAAAGCCGGGCCCUGAAAUGAAAGGGCUACUGCGCCAGUGGGUGGUUGGCCUGGCAUCUGAAUUCAGGGGCCAGGUCUUUUCCUCAUAUGAAACAGUGGCCAUUUAACGGGAGUCGCUGUGGACUAGCUGGGAAGUAUUUGCUCCUCCCUAGCCAUUCCUGCCUCCCUGGCACAAUUCCAGAUGUUGAUAUUCUUGGGAAUGGAAAAAUCAGAGCUGGGAAUCCUUGGGAGGGGGAUUUUGCAAUACCAGGUAUCUUUGAUGUGACCCUGUCGGAGUCUGUGUUCCCUUCCAAUGGAAUGGCUGUAUUACUUUGUAGCAGAAUAGGGCAGGAACCCAUUGACACCUUAAAGACUUAAAAAACA